AUGUCUGCUUUGACGGAAAUCUCGCUCCCAAGCUUUCGAAAGAUUGCUUCGGGCAAAGUGCGCGACCUGUUCGAGCUGCCAGACAAGAGCACCCUUCUCUUUGUGGCCUCCGACCGUGUCUCUGCAUACGAUGCUGUUCUGAAGAACCCAAUCCCUGACAAGGGCAAGAUUUUGACACUCGUCUCGGCUCAUUGGUUCCAAGUUUUAACAGAGCGCAUUCCCGGUCUCCGCACCCAUUUCAUCAGUCUCGAUAUUCCCGAGGGCGUUACUCCCGAAGAAGCAAAGACCAUCAAGAACCGUUCGAUGGUUGUGAAGAAGCUUUCUGUUAUCAAGAUCGAAUCAAUUGUACGAGGUUACCUGACAGGCUCAGCUUUCAAAGAGUACAAGCAGAAGGGAACCGUCCAUGGCAUCAGCGUCGAGCCGGGUAUGGAAGAAGCCCAAAAGUUCAAGCAGCCUCUCUGGACUCCAAGCACCAAGGCUGAUGCUGGAGAACACGACGAGAACAUCCACCCUGAUGACGCUUGGAAGGAGGUUGGCGAUCGUGAGACUGCAGACCGUGUGAAGGAACUUUCCCUCAAGAUAUACGAGGAGGCCGCCAAGUAUGCCGAAGAGCGAGGCAUUCUCUUGGCUGACACCAAGUUCGAAUUUGCCAAGGAUGGGGAAGGAAACAUCUACCUCGUCGAUGAGGUUCUGACCCCUGAUUCUUCUCGAUUCUGGCCAGCAGCCGGCUAUAUGCCUGGCCGCGACCAGGACAGCUUUGACAAGCAGUUCAUUCGCAACUGGCUCACUAAGGAAGGACUCAAGGGCAAGGAGGGCGUGGAGCUACCCCAGGAUAUCGUUCAGGCUACAGCAGACCGCUACCGAGAGGCCUUCCUCAUGUUGACUGGUAAGAAGUUCGAGGAUGCUGUUAGCCAGUAG